AUGGCCGGAGAGCACAGCGCGGCUCGAGGGACAAGAGAGCUUGUGAAGCUGGAUGAGAUGGUGCAGAAUCUGAACAUCACAAUAAAAGAAGAUAAUGAUAAUGUGAUCUUGAACUUCCAGCUACUCUGUGCAAAGGUCCAGCGGGACGAAUGUGCCGCAAUCAAUCCACUCUUAUCCAAAAGUGCAAAAGCAGUAAGAUUAGUGUAUUAUCUGAGAGAAGACAACCAGCAAAGAAGCCUGCAAUGGAUCGAGCACUUUAUCAAAAAUGCAUCUCAGAAUAUAGAAAUAUUACAACUGAACACUAUAAAGAUAUCCUAUUUUUCAUCAAUAUCAAGGCAAAAGGAGUUUGAAGGGACAACAAAAACUGUGAUUCCUCUGUAUUCUAUCACAUAUUUUAUUACCAUAUUCUUUUCUGUUAUAUCAUGUAUAAGGCGUGACUGUGUGAGGAAUAAAACCUGGGUGGCCUCUUUUGGAGUCAUUUCCGCUGGGUUAGCUAUACUUUCAAGCUUUGGUCUCUUAUUAUUAUGUGGAGUGCCUUUCGUUGUCACGGUAGCAAGUGCUCCGUUCCUUAUUUUAAGUGUUGGAAUUGAUGACAUGUUCAUUAUGGUUUCCAGUUGGCAGCAAACUAAAGUUAUGAGCGGAGUUGAAGAAAGAAUGGGCGAGACAUAUAAAGAAGCUGCGGUCUCUAUAAUCAUCACAACCCUCACAGAUGUCCUAGCUUUCUAUAUAGGGAUAAUGACUUUUACA